AUGGAAUUCCCUGCCCAAGCGGGUUCUGCAGACAAGCGGUCGGUCCAGUACAAGAUGUUGCACAAAACCCCUCUCGCAGCUGAGGAACUGGGCACUCCAACACCAGAUGAGGGUUUGGUGCCAUGCCACGUCGAUUUCUGUUGUCCAAAUGCCGGCCGACUCCUCCUAGCUGACGGUCAUACGCAAUUGGCCACUCGCCUCUCCCUUCUCACACCUGAGGCCUCCUUCGAAGUGGGUAGACUUGAGACAGCAGCGACUGCUGUUAGAAUGCCCUGUCCAACCUGCAAAAACCCUGAUAACGGGGCAUCGAAGAGGGCCUCGGAGAGCUCAGCCUCUCCUGGAGAGCCAUCGUCGUCCAUAGAAGGACAAGUAUCGACGCCGCAGCCUGCCCAAGUCGUGCCCUCACUGUCUGAUCAUUGCAAAGAUUGCUGCGAUGAAAAUCCGGGCGCCACCUCCUCAACAGGAGUCCAGCUCGAGGUCUUGGUACCAUCGUCCCAAACCGCCUAUAUCUCUUCGAAGACCGCUCCCGCACGGUAUGAUGAUGAUCAUGGCGCUGUGCUGUCAAGAGCAAAUGAUGCGGCAAAGGAGAUACCGGGGGAAAGAAUGAAACAAAACUCGGGUUGGCUGAACACAGAUGUUAGCUCGGAUGUUGAAGAGGACCCCAUGUCAGCUCAGCCAGAUGCCAGUGUCCUUGAACUCGAACAACUCGAAAGCGUGGCUCAAGCUCGACUGAAGGCUAUCAGGCUCGCCUUACCUGCGGUAGUGGAAGCUAUGCAAGAAACGCGAAGCGAUCUCAAGCACAUCGACGAAACCAUUGCGACGGUGAAUGCUUUCGCUGAUGCUGCUCAGCCUGCUGCGUACCUCAGCGUGGAAUCCGCAAGAGCGAGCAUCCAGUUGCAGGACGUACUGUUCGGCCCUUUCAUGUCAAGCCACCCACCACACAGGGACAGCUAUGUGUAUGUGGCAUACAGUGAUCGGGGGAAGGUAGAUUGGGAACUUGUAAACGUUUCGCAGUUGACAAGUGUUGUUGUUGCUGAGUUUUUAAACCAAUAA